CCCCGCCCCCGGGCCCCUUUUGCGCCGGGUCCGCGCGGUAUCCGCCGAGCUCCGGGCGCUGCGCGCCGCGGCCGUUCGGAGCAAUGAUUAACCCGGCGCGGCGGCCGGCGUGGGGCCCGGGGCGGAGGCGCGGGGCCGGGGCGGGCCCCGGGAGGGCCGCCCGGCUUCCUGCUUUCGCCCAAGUUUCCUCGUAGAGGGCGCAGCGCCGGCUGGGGCCCGCGGCGCGGCGUGGCGCAGGGCGCGGCGCGGAGCGCGCGUGGGCGCGGAGCCCGCCGCCAGGGGAGGUCACCAUGAGGACUCUCCGCAGGUUGAAGUUCAUGAGUUCGCCCAGCCUCAGUGACCUGGGCAAGAGAGAGCCGGCCGCCGCCACCGCCGCGGACGAGCGGGGCACGCAGCAGCGCCGGGCCUGCGCCAACGCCACCUGGGACAGCAUCCACAACGGGGUGAUUGCUGUCUUCCAGCGCAAGGGGCUGCCUGACCAGGAGCUUUUCAGCCUAAACGAAGGUGUCCGGCAGCUGCUGAAGACGGAGCUGGGGUCCUUCUUCACGGAGUACCUACAGAACCAGCUGCUGACGAAAGGCAUGGUGAUCCUGCGAGACAAGAUCCGCUUCUACGAGGACGCCGGGCUGGCGCACGCCCAGAGCCGCCCCACGGCCGCCGGGGAACUGAGCCGCCUUUCUUCUCGCCGGCGACGGCAGGGACCUCAAGGGACCUUUGUGUGCAGGCCAAGCUCCUUAGGGGGUGGGCACCCACCGUCCUGGGUUCCAGGCAGCCCGCCGUGGAGCCCCCGGGGAAGACUGGGAGCUGGCCACCAGGCAGACGGGUCAUAUGCAGAGACCCCCUCCUCCCCACGGUCACCCUCCCCCCGCCAAGCUGCCCUCUCCGAGCCUGACAUCUCCGCAGUCUGGGGGACUUCACAGGUUGGGGGGGGCACCCCAGAAUGCAGGGAAAGGGAACUGAAAAGGCAAGGGCCCUUCACCAACCUGGUUCCCAGGGAAACCUCCAGGAGCCAGGCGUGGGUGGUGUGGUCUGGGAGAUUGGCCAACCUGCAAUCUGCAGCCCUGGCCACUCGGCUCCCAAGGACACCGACCCACCACACCCGUGUGUCCCCAGCCGACAGCUGGUCUGGCUUCCCGCUGGGGGUCCUGGCCAGCAGCAGAGGCCUCAGCGACACACCCCAGCGGCCUGCUCGUCCUGAGCCGGCAGCUUUCACCCCGGCUCUCUGCUCGUUCCAGGCAGAAGGGCUAAGGGUUCAGCACUUGGCAUUUCCUGGGGAUGCCCAGAGCCAGCGCGGGGGCACCUCAAAAUGUCCCUCCCCUGAGGGUCUGUCCACCUGUGGCUGGCGUUGCUCCUUCCCGUUGUCCAAACGCCUGCUUCCCACACGUCUGCCUCCAUGGUUUCUCUGCCGAGGGUGUCAGGGCACCAGGCAGACCCUCGGCUAGCACCUCCUCCAGGAAGCCCUCCCUGCCUGACUCCCUCCUGCCUGGGACGGGUUUCAGCUGUUGAAGGCCGUCAUCCUGGCUCCCCAGGGCCCACCCUAGGCAGCCCCAGGUGGUGGGGACGCGGGCCCUGGAGGGAGAGACCCUCUCCGAAGCCUAACUCUUCAUCUGCCUGGUGGGGUCACUCCCCACCCCCACCGCUCCCAGCCCCGAUUGCUGCUGUCUGUCACCGUGGUGGGACUCGGGCAGUUAGGGGCUUAGCUGGGUCCCUGGUGCCAGGCCUGGCAAAGUAUAGGUGCCUUGUGAGUGUCUGUUGGGGGAGAUAGACAGGGUGCUGGGGGGCAGUGGAUGAGACGAGCGUGUGAGUGGAGCACCCGGGGGCUUGUGUGUGGUGCAAACAGGAACACACACACACACCCAUACCCUCUCUGCCCCAGGCCCUGCUUUGUCUGGCUUCCUUCCAUCAGCUCUGGGAGAGGAGCAUUAACAGCCCCCGCCCCCAGCCACCAGCACCUCACAGUUUGCAAAUUUCAGUUCCCCAACCAGGGAUCAAACCCACACCCCCUGCAGUGGGAGCUCAGAGCCCCAUGCCCUGGGCCACAGGGCAGCCCCCACCCCAAGCCCCAUUGUUUUUGUGGGGAAACUGAGGCACCGGGAGGAGAAGCAGGGGGUCCCCGCUCUAUUGCCCCAGCGGGGGUGGGGCGGAAGGGACCUCCAGAGCCCUGCGUCAGCUCCGGGACCAUGCCCUCCCCCGGGUGCGAGGAGGUGAUGCGUGACCUGGGAAGACAGGAAGCGUCUGCCGGCGCCCUUGGGGUGGUGGUGAC